GAUUUUGCAUUUCCGGGUCCCGGCCAAGAACUGUUUGUAAAUAAAACAGUUUUCCUCCCUGUCAGCUCGUGCACACUGCUUUGCAUGGUUGUGCACAGCACAGCCAUGCAAAGCAGUGUGCUCACAGUGAAGCACACGGACACAGCUUAUAGUGAAACAUCACACAGUUAACCCUUUGAUCGCACCAGAUGUUAACCCCUUCCUGCCCAGUGCCAUUAGUACAGUUUCAGUGGGUUUUUUUUAGCACUGAUAACUGUAUUGGUGUCACUGGGGAUGUCAAUGACACCGAGUUAGUUUCCCCCAGUGUCAGAAUGCCUGCCGCAGUCCUGCUAUAA